AUGCGGCGCGACCAGAAGCUUCCGCAGUUACUAGCAUCUAGCAGCUCUCAAGGCGAAAAGCUCUACGCUGCCAGACACGUUAACAGCGUGAAAGAAAUCGCCGGUGUGACUGUGCUGGCGAAGUGUCACUCGCAGCAAGGCAAACACAACUACAGCGUAUCUCUGGACCUGAACAAGGCCGACCGUGCCUUGAGUGGUGGAAGCUGCACUUGUCAAUACGGGGCCUCGGGAAAUUGCAAACACUUUGCAGCAGUUGUCAUAUACAUCAACGAAAGUGAGGACGUGUCCACAACAUCACAACCACAGCAGUGGCACCGAGAACGACGAGUGCGUAUAACGUGUUCUAUGGCACACACAAUACUGAGAACGAGAAAGGCCCCUGCUGACUUGGUAAAUACCCUACUGAGAACGACAAGCAUCUCAUCGGAAGCCACAACAUAUGGCAUAAAGAUGGAAGCACUUGCCCGGAAGAAGUUUGAAGAUAAAGUUUCUGUACAGGUUAUAGAGGGUCAUAAGUAUUACACACCAGUGCAGCUGCUAAUGUAUGUGUGCAACGUUCAGAGCUGCUAUUUGCUUGUUUAUUCAAGCUUUAUGCCACAUGGUUUUGACAUGUGGGCAGUUCUCAACACAACGAUCUGUGAAUAA